AGAGGUCAUCUGUAGUAUAGUAAAUACAGUUCGAACUGUAACUUGCUAAAGUAAAUUAAUAUUCCUACAUCUCACUGGGUGUAUUAUUGACACAAUCGAAUAUUUUAAACCCCUAUGUCAGAAGUUCAACACUUAUCGUAUGCGAAAAAUACUAAUAUUGAGAGACGAAGCCUUUUUUUUGUUCAAGAUAUUUAUAUUGAACAUUAGAUGUAGCGACCCAAUUAAUUGGGCAUAAAAAGCUACGGAAUUUUUCAUCCUAUCAAUUUAGACGAUUUUAUGGUUCUAUUCUAUCACAUAAGUUUAACCUUGGAGUGUGGUUUUCAUUUCGAGCAAUGACCUCUAGGCGUGUUGUGGUUUCAGCUGUGAAUUGGACUGAACUGUAUUCAAAAUGCCCGAAACAUCAAUUAGAUCAAUUUAGAGAGUUGAAGACAAAGACAGACAAUCUUGUAUCUAAGAUAACAUCACUUCCAGAAUCUCUGCCACCAAUUAAUUGGGAACACUAUGCACAUGCCGUCCCCAUCCCAGGGCUAGUAGAUAAAUUCAAGAAGGAAUAUGCAGGUUUUUCAGUUGAAUAUCCUAAAGAUACGUCGGGUGCUGUCACUAAAGUUCAGAGCCAAGGAAGGAUUAUGAUGGCGAACGCUGAACGUCAUGCAGAUGCUUGUUUGAAGAUGAAAGCUAGUGCAGAAAAAAUGAAAGCUGCUCUAAACAAACUGCCUCCUGUAGAUGAGUCUGUGCCAGAAAUCAUGGUUGCGUAUUUUGGUCUUCAGGCCAAUCGGUUUAUCGAUCGCAGCAAACCAAUAUCUCUAGGAAAUACGAAUAUUUUAAAAAGGUCUGCACCAUCGAUGCAUUGGGACUUCAAUUAACAUAAAUGACCAAUUCUAGUUACGUAUUCGAUUAGUUUGUACCCUCCAUGCUUCCUAAUUUUAAUAGAAAGUACACCUUGUUCUACUUAUUGUUAUUCCUAUUGGUUAUCUCAGUUGUCUAGAGGAUUUCGUUGGCCAGGUAUUUACGAUUUGAACAGUUUGUGCUAAAAUGGAUUACCGUUGCAGUCAUUUGCGUAUUUGAAAUCAGUUGGUUGUAGUAGUUAAUGAAGAGCUAUAUCUAAGGAAUUCUUAUCUAUCACAAGAAAGUUAGCUGGUACUAGUUACAUCCACGGAUAAUCAGUCCCAUAACACUGGAUACUAGUUAGGUAAUAUAUAGCUUGUUCGCUUAUGACUUCUACUGUUCCUACUGCUAUAUGCACGGUAGUACGUUUUUAUCUGCACUUUUUAGUUGACGUCUGAUUUCAGUUGUCGGUAAUAAAGCUUACGAAAUUGUGGAUAGAAUUACAAAUGUGUAUCCAGUAAAUACGACUGACAAAAAUGUGGUACAAUCUUGGUAACCGAUUUCAUUCACAACUGAGAAUUUAUAUUGGAUUCCUGACAUGUUAAACGAGAACUAGUAUAGCGUACUCGUCCAACUUAGUUUCCAUACGCAUGUAGACACCCAGAGUUCGAGUCUGAGUAGAUUAUAUUUAACGCUUUCGCGACAAACGCGUCGACCACUUAGAAUGGGAUUGUUUUCUAAAUAAGAAUUGC